ACACAAGCCAGGGCAAGAACAGGUCCACCUGCCCACCAGACAGCAUGAGACGGACGCUCCUGAGACUCCACCUCGCCCUGCUGGUCGGCUCCACCUGCGCUACCUAUGGCAGUAGUGGCGGUGGAGGAGGAGGUGGUGGCGGAUUUGGAGGCGGUGGUGGAGGUGGCUUUGGAGGUGGUGGAUCCAUUAGUGGGGGCUACUCUGCUCCAGCUGUAAUUGGAGGAGGUGGUGGAGGUGGAUUUGGAGGUGGUGGAUCCAUUGGAGGAGGCUAUUCUGCUCCAGGCAUAGGUGGAGGUGGUGGUGGAUUUGGAGGUGGAGGUGGAGGUGGAUUUGGAGGUGGUGGAUCCAUUGGAGGAGGCUAUUCUGCUCCAGCUGUAGGUGGAGGGGUGGGUGGAUUUGGAGGCGGUGGUGGAGGUGGGGUGGAUUUGGAGGUGGUGGAUCCAUUGGAGGAGGCUACUCUGCUCCAGCUGUAGGUGGAGGGGUGGUGGAUUUGGAGGCGGUGGUGGAGGUGGAGGUGGAUUUGGAGGUGGUGGAUCCGUUGGAGGAGGCUAUUCUGCUCCAGCUGUAGGUGGAGGGGUGGUGGAUUUGGAGGUGGAGGUGGAGGUGGAUUUGGAGGUGGUGGAUCCAUUGGAGGAGGCUACUCUGCUCCAGGCGUAGGUGGAGGUGGCUUUGGAGGCGGUGGAUCCAUUGGAGGAGGCUAUUCUGCUCCAGCUGUAGGUGGAGGGGUGGUGGAUUUGGAGGUGGAGGUGGAGGUGG